CAUAAAUUAAUGAGAAAAUUGAAUUAUGUAUCAUUGUAUGGUUUCACAGUGCGAGCAAUUCAUAGUUAAGUAGCAAUCAUAGGUGGUGGUACUGCAGGUUUAAAUGUUUCUGCAUAAUUGGUUCGAGAUGGCCAUUUUAUCCCAUAACAGAUUCGUAUAUUUGAACCAUAUAAGAUGCAUGCGUAUCAAACAGGAUGGACUAUGGUAGGUAGAUUAAUUAUUAUUAAAUAAAGGUGGUGGGAUGUGUAAAGUAGAAUCAACAAUGAAACCAAUGGAAAAAGUUCUACCAAAAAAUGUAUGUUUGAGUGAUUGCCCAGUUGUGAGAAUUGAUCCAGAAUAGAAUACAAUAAGAACUAUGGACGGAUAAAAAUAUACAUAUGAUUAAUUAAUUGUAGCAAGUGGAGUACAACGUGAUUAUGCUUCUAUAAAAGGUAUAAAAUUAUAUAUAUAUAUUUUAAGGAGCCUUGUAAUAACUUGAAAACCCUGAAGCUCCGGUAGGAAGUAUCUACUAUUAUAGAUAUGCUUAGAAGAUUAAUAAAAUGAUAAAAGAGUUUGAAGGGGGUAAAUUAAUAUUUUCAGAACCACCAACAAAAUGUGAGGGAAUCCCUUCUAAUAUUGUAUUCUUAACACAUGAAAGAUUAUCAAACAGAGGAGUUAAAUGUGAUUAUCAUGUAUACAAAGCUAAUGAUUGUGUUUUUGGUAUACCUAAAUAUGCAGAAAUACUUGGAGAAUUGGCAAGUGAAAAAGGAAUACAUUGGCACCUUAAAAAAAGAUUAAUUGAAGUUUAAGAUCAUAAAGUAAUCUUUGAAGAUGUUGAAACUAAAUAGCUAUAUACAUCUGAUUAUGAUUUCUUACAUAUAGUUCCACCUUAAGUAUAUAUAUUCAUACAAUAUUUCAUUAAGAAACCUGCUUCAUUUAUUGCUGAUAGUGGAUUAGGUGAUUCAGAUGGUUAUGUAAAUGUACAUCCAAAUACUCUAUAACAUGUAAGAUAUGCUAAUGUCUGGGCUUUAGGAGAUUGUUCUUCUCUUCCUACAUCUAAAACUGCUGCAGCUGUUAUGGCUUAAACUCCUAUUCUAAUAAAAAAUCUAAUUAGAACUUGGAAAUUAAAAUAACCACCUCUAUCAGAAUAUUAAGGUAUCCUAUUAAACUAUUUUCUAGGUUAUACAUCAUGCCCUGUUUACACUUCAAAUAAAAAAGUUUUAUUAGCAGAAUUCAAGUACAACAAAGAACUAGACGAAACUUUUCCUGUAUUUCAAUCUUCUGACAGCAAAGUCAUGUAUUUGAUGAAGAAGCAUUUCUUCCCAUUUGCAUACUGGCAAUUAAUGGUUAGAGGACUUUGGGGAGGUAGAGAUGGAAUAAGAUUAUUUAAAGGAGUUUGAAAAGAUGCUAAUAUCAUAAAAAUAUAAUCAUUAUGUAAAAUUACCUGUCU